UACAUUAAAGAGUUCGCCAACCGUAAUCAUGAUUGAGGAACACCAUCCCAUGCAAAUGGGAAUGUUUCCAUUGGAUAUUAAACCAUGUCAGGCGGCAGCAAUCACACAGCAUCAACUAUUGCUACAAGCAAAUGGCCAGCAUACUCAGACCCAACAGCAACAACACCCGAGUCAUUCGCAAAAUCCUCAACAGCUCAGCAACUCUUUAAUGGCCAUGAACGGAAAUGAAAGAAUGUUAACAACAACAGUAACAGCAAAUACUUCCGCCUCACCAGCAAAUUCGGCACCAACAACUGGGAAUUCUUCGUCUCAUCAUCAACGCCAUCAACAAUGUGCCUCCUCCUGCUCCGCAACGUCCUCCAUCUCCUCAUCUUCGGGUGCACAGCUACAAAAUGGUGGCGGAGGAGGAGGUUGUGGUCACAACGGCAACAGUAUCGGCGGCCAGGAAACACUUAAUGACAACAUGACAAAUAGUAACAACGACAAUGGCAGCAAUCCUACAGCAACAACAAGUGGUACAACAAACUGUGGGGAUGCGACGCUUGAACAGCAGACAAUGACAUCGUGUUCCACACUUGUCAACGGAAGUUGUAGCAACCACAAUGGCAAUGUUGGUACUUGUCAAACAUCAGCAACAACGACAAACAUCAAUGGCCAUGCACGGACAAAUGAUAACAAAUCCUCAACAAAUCCCUGUGGCCCAGGACCACCAGCCAUACAACAGCAGCUACAGCAGCUAUCCUUGCAACAGCAGCAGCAGCAACAACACCAACAGGCCUUAAAUAUUCUUCAGUGUUCAGCCAACCGUUUAACAUUAAGCGAAUGCAAUUUGAAUAGUCUCAACAGCAACAAUCACAACAACACCAUGCAUUGUAACAGCAAUCACAACAACAUUGAAACGGCUCUCGCUCUACAACAGCACUUGUUACAGCAUCACCAGCACCAUCAUCAGCAUCAACAUCAAUUGAACAAUGGUGGCCCAUUAAACCAUUCCUGCUCCUCCUCUUCCACCUCCUCGGCUUUGAGCGUAAUUGAUGCCCUGUGUCCGGCCGUAUCCUUGCCAUUGCUCUCGUCAAAUGCCUCCUCCUCGGCAACCGUCUCGUGCUCUACCCCGAAUUCCAAUUCAUUGUCGCCUCUGGCCUGCGGCUAUUGUUGCCAACCAAUUUGUGAUCGUUACAUAAUGCGUGUCGUCGACACUUCAUUCCACGAAAGCUGCCUUAAAUGUGCAACAUGCUCGCUGCAUUUGGUGCAUUCCUGUUACAGUCGCGAGGGCAAACUCUACUGUCGCAUCGACUAUGAAAGACUUUUUCUGCGUAAUCGUUGCCUUGGAUGCGGUCACAAAAUUGCCGCCGAUGAACUGGUGAUGAGGACACUCGAAAAUGUUUUCCAUUUGAAGUGCUUCGCCUGUGUGGUAUGCGGUGCCAUUCUCAAGAAGGGUGAGCAGUAUGUCGUGAAACAGGGCCAAUUGUUUUGUCGUUUCGACUACGAAAAGGAAGUGGAAAUGCUACAAGGAUACGAUUUCUAUGGCGAUGACUUGUUUGCCCCAAAGCUGGAUGGUCGACGCGGCCCCAAGAGGCCACGCACCAUACUCAAUACCCAACAACGAAGAGCCUUUAAGGCGUCCUUUGAAGUAUCACCCAAACCCUGCCGUAAAGUGCGCGAGAAUCUGGCCAAGGAGACAGGCUUAAGUUUAAGGAUUGUACAGGUAUGGUUUCAAAAUCAACGAGCCAAGGUAAAGAAGAUUCAAAAGAAAGCCAAAUUGGAUGGCAGCCAUGCCAAGGGCAACAGUGACUCUCCAGAUUCACAAGAGUCGGAUAAUAGCAAUAUGACCAAAAUCAAAGAUGAGGCACACAGCGACACAGAAUCGCUAAUGGAUGCUCCUUAUGGCACGGCAUCAUCAUCAGAGGCCAUGGCCAAGCUGAGGUCAUGCAUCAAGGAUGAGAACGAUGGCACACCCUUCAGUUGUAUAGAAACCAAUAAAGAAAAUUGCAAUAAAACCAACGAACCCAUCCUCAAUACAAUACUGGGUUUGAGCUAUUCCACAUUCCAACAAUUAAUGGGGCCUUUUACACAGACAUCUAUGAUUAAUCCCAUAGAUCGUUUGUACAGCAUGCAGAAUUCCUAUUUUCGUCCAGAUGAGCUGGGUUAUGGCGAGCCAAGUGCUGGACCAUUGAGUGGUGGCGGUGGGGGUGGUGUCGGCAAUGGGCCGAACCCCAUGGCCAUGAGUAGUAGUCUAGGUCAAAAAGAUAUUAGUGAUUAAAUGAGAUUUUUAUAUUAUGUAGAUUUUAAGUAGCUUUUUAAGAUUAUCUUAAAGAAAAUGUGUGGUAAAAAAAUAUAAGAAUAGACAUAAAAAUCUAAAAUUUGUAAAAAAAAUAAUGAAA